CAUUCGUACAAUGUGUCUUUGCAGGUGUGGAGUUGUUUGGUUUUAUGUGUGUGUCGAGUUGUAAAGGGAGUGUUAAAUGUGAUUAUUGUGUGAAGCAGUAUAUUGAAGUUCACAGAAAAUGUCGUCGUCUUCUGUAUAUAUACUCGAUGUGAAAGGCAAAGUUCUCAUAUCGAGGAACUAUCGAGGCGACAUAGACCUUGGUGUUAUUGAGAAAUUUAUGCCGUUGCUUAUGGAGAAAGAAGAAGAAGGAAUGCUGACACCAAUACUACAAACAACAGAAUGUACUUUCGCCUAUAUAAAAUAUAACAACUUGUAUAUUGUUUCCACCACUAAGAAGAAUGCUAACAUAGCCCUGGUGUUUGUUUUCCUCCAUAAAAUAGUGCAGGUAAUGAUCGAAUAUUUCAAAGAACUAGAAGAGGAAAGUAUAAGGGACAAUUUUGUUGUAAUAUACGAGUUGCUGGAUGAGCUAAUAGAUUUUGGCUAUCCACAAACUACGGAUAGUAAAAUUCUUCAAGAAUACAUAACACAAGAAGGCCAUAAACUUGAAAUUCAACCUAGGAUUCCUAUGGCUGUCACAAACGCAGUGUCAUGGAGAUCUGAGGGUAUAAAGUACAGGAAGAACGAAGUAUUUUUGGAUGUCAUUGAAUCUGUUAAUUUGCUGGCAAAUGCUAAUGGAAACGUCCUCCGCAGUGAAAUAGUGGGGGCAAUAAAAAUGAGGGUGUACUUAUCUGGGAUGCCAGAGUUGAGACUUGGAUUGAAUGAUAAAGUUCUUUUUGAGAGCACAGGUAGAGGUAAAUCGAAGUCAGUAGAGCUGGAAGAUGUCAAAUUUCACCAGUGUGUUCGUUUAUCCAGGUUUGAGAAUGAUCGUACAAUAUCUUUCAUUCCUCCAGAUGGAGAAUUUGAAUUGAUGUCUUAUCGUUUAAAUACACACGUGAAGCCAUUAAUUUGGAUUGAAUCUGUUAUUGAAAGGCAUGCACACAGUCGGGUAGAAUAUAUGAUUAAAGCAAAGUCACAGUUCAAAAGGAGAUCCACUGCAAAUAAUGUUGAAAUUGUUAUUCCUGUGCCGGCUGAUGCAGAUUCACCAAAAUUCAAGACAACGAUAGGAAGUGUGAAGUAUGCUCCAGAGCAGAAUGCCAUCACCUGGACUGUCAAAUCAUUUCCUGGUGGUAAAGAGUAUCUCAUGCGUGCACAUUUUGGUCUUCCAAGUGUUGAAGGCGAAGAUGUAGAAGGAAAGCCUCCUAUUCAAGUCAAAUUUGAAAUUCCAUAUUUCACAACUUCUGGAAUACAAGUACGUUAUCUUAAGAUAAUUGAAAAGAGUGGUUACCAAGCGCUCCCUUGGGUUAGGUAUAUAACUCAGAAUGGUGAUUACCAACUUCGUACAAACUGAAUUCUUUAAUUUAUGACAGCUAAGUUUUAUGUGCAGAAAACUGUUGUGUGAAUGGAUAACAUUGUUAUAAUCUGUUAAAACUUUGUAAAUAUUUUUUUGAAAGAUCUAUAUUCCAUAUUGUGAACCUGUAUUCUGGAGAUGAAAUUUAGACAGUGAGAGAAUUUCAUAACUGUUGCGGUACUUGAUGUUUUAUUAAUUUUACGCAAAUCAAUGCACAUGAUCUUGUAAAGAUAUUGCACUUGACCAUUAACUGAGUGUGCAUUUAGUACUACAUUCCUGGCCACUGAUUGUAAAUUUCUUUUUGAAAAACAAGUUUCUAAUAAACAGUAUUAAAUAUUUAUUUCUUGA